GGACCUAGGAAAGGCAUGCCCACAAAGGCUGAGGUCGAAGCGUCGGGAGAUGUACCGGAGGGUGCAGAACCAAGAUUAAUUUACAGGGACACUGGGGUGAGGCCUCAGCUGCCACCCGUUCUGUCAGAUCUUAGGGGAGAAGGGAGCAGGAUCUGGACUUCCAUAGACGAUGUUGGCUCCAAGACACGCCUCACCUGCACCUUGAAUCAGAGCGCCACUGAGAUCGUGGGCCACCGCUGGGUGAAGGGGGACAAGGUGCUGAAGGAGGACACACUGCCUGGCCUGAGGACGGAGUAUGAGGUGGACUUGGAUGACCGCUCGGGCCAGUACUCCUGCAUCUUCCUCCCGGAGCACGCAGGCCAGACCAACCUAGAAGUAAAAGGGCCCCCCAACGUCAAGGCUGUGAAGAAGUCGGAGCAUGCCACCGAGGGGGAGACCGUGGUGCUGGGCUGCAAGUCGGACUCCUUCCCGCCCGUCACUGACUGGCUGUGGUACAAGAUGAGCGACUCUGGAGACCAGGUCAUCGCCAACAGCUCCCAGAGCAAGUUCUUCGUGGUCUCCUCGGAGUCCAAGACGGAGCUGCACAUCCCGAACCUGGACCUGGAGGCGGACCCCGGCAAGUACGCCUGCAACGGCACCAACACGGAGGGCACCGGCCAGGCAGUCAUCACGCUGCGCGUGCGCAACCGCUUCGCCGCCCUCUGGCCCUUCCUGGGCAUCGUGGCGGAGGUGCUUGUGCUGGUCACUGUCAUCUUCAUCUACGAGAAGCGGCGGAAGCCGGACGAGGUCCUGGAUGAUGACGACACCGGCUCUGCUCCACUGAAGAGCAGCGGGCACCACGUGAACGACAAAGGCAAGAAAGGCAAGAACGUUCGCCAGAGGAACGGCAGCUGAGGCUGUGAGGACCAGUCUGCACAGGCGCCCAGCCUCCGCCUGGAGGAGCCCCGAGUUUCCCGGUGUUUGCACAACCCCUGCUCUUUCCUCUUAAGGAAAGCCACCCUGCGAAAGCAAACCAAGUUGUGCAUUCAAAUCACACGUUUUCUUUCCUUUUUAAAAAAAUCUAAGCUGGGGUUUGUACGUGUAGAAUUCUGUCCUUUAGGGGUUUGCUUUUCUUUUUUUAGACAUUUCACGAGUACCCCAGGGUAGCCAUGAGGUUUGUAAGGCCUCUGCUGUCCUCUCAGCCCAUCCUCCGCCUCCUGCCUGUGCCCUCACUGGACCCCUGGCCUGUUCCUCCACUGCCCCCACCACCCCUCCCCUCAUGUCCCCUGGGCCAUGGGUCUUCUAGUCUGUCACUGGUUGGGGUGUGGAGGAAGAACGGGCUUCCCACCCCAGGUCCCUCUCCCGAGGCUGCUGGGCCAUGUUGGGGCUGGAGCCAAGUCCCUGCCCUUGGUGGAAGGUCACAGGUCAUGCGCAGGCCCAAGCACCCGCUGUAGGAAGCCAGCGUGUCGGUCACCGCAGGUCUGUGCUGUGGCUCCGGACGGCUCUGACGACACGGCCACCCUUGGGGGCAUCUUCCUCACUGCUCCCCCUCAUCCACCCACGUGGAAAGUGGGUGGUCUGGCCUUCCACCUCGGAGACAGAGCUGCUGUGAUGGGCCUCCUCCUCAGCUGGGUGUGAACCCCCCACCCCACCUUCCUGCUCACCAAUAAAGGCUGACCCCUGUC